GGUUAGAGACUGCAAAAAUACUACAGGAGAGGAUCAGAGACUGCAGACAUACUACAAGAGAUAGCCAGAGACUGCAGACAUAGUACAGGAGAGGAUCAGAGACUGUAGAAAUACUACAGGAGAUGGUCAGAGACUGCAGACAUAGUACAGAAGACGGUCAGAGACCCAGACAUACUACAGGAGAUGGUCAGAGACUGCAGACAUACUACAGGAGAGGAUCAGAGACUGCAGAAAUACUACAGUAGAUGGUUAGAGACUGCAGACAUAUUACAGGAGAUGAUCAGACACUGCAGACGUAUUGCUGGCAACAGCUGCAAUUCAUACAAU